GAAGUGGAGUCUCUUGCUGCAGGAGGUCCCAGUGGAGACUUUGAAAUCACCGAGGAAGGGGAAGUGAUAAAUCCAGAGGCAAAUAAUGAAGUAUUUGCUGUCGUCACACAACCAAUCAGUAGGGGUACUGGGAUGAACGGCCUCCCCGAUAUGAUAGACAAUGCAAUCGAUUCGGGGAGCUCAUCUUCAGCUGCACAAUUACCCCAGAAAAACAUACUGGAGAGGAAAGAAGUUUUAGUAGCGGUGGUCGUUGGGGGGGUGGUCGGAGCACUCUUUGCUGCCUUCCUGGUCAUGCUAUUGAUCUAUCGAAUGAAGAAAAAGGACGAGGGAAGCUACACAUUGGAAGAGCCGAAGCAGGCGAGCAUAGCUUACCAAAAACCUGAGAAACAGGAGGAGUUCUAUGCAUAAACAAAUCAAGAGUGCCUCUCAUUGCCUGGACUGUCAACAGAUUGUUUCUGAAAUAACAACAAAAAGAGUAAUGAUCCCAAAUAAUGUCACUCGAGUAAAAUUCUGCUGAGCAGCAGUCAUGUUUUAAUGCUGGUAUUUUCUCACGUGUGUUGUUGAAUUUCCUGUCGUUGUCCAAGCCAAGCCUUCUAAAGGAGUCUGUACUAAGUGGCUAUAAAAUGCAAAGCACAACUGCUUAUAGACAACUGCCACACAUCAUUAGAAUUUAUGUAUAGUGCAGAGCAUUGGCAAUAGUCCUAGAGGUUGAGAGGUGCUGAAGGCUCAUAUAAUUAAGAGAAAAUAGCUUUUUUUGAAAAAGUCAGUUUUGCUCAUUUAAAAUGGUCAUGUUUUGUAUCUGAUUUAAACAGUAGUGCAGUGUCAAAGGUUGUUCUCCAACCUUCAGAAAUUCUGUGAGCAAUAUCUUGGUACCAUGUUAUCUGUUGUUUUCUGUUCUUGAAUACAUGUAAUAUAUAUAUAAAAUAUACACACGUGAAAGUGCUUGACUGCCCUCUGAAAAUAGACAAUCAAUAUCUGAUGUCUAUAGAGUUACUGUACUGAAAUUGUAUGAAAGCUAAAUGAAAGAGUAUUAAAUUCUGAUAACGUAGCUGAGGUUUGAAGGUCACGAAAUAUAUCCUUAAAUUAAUGUUGCUGAAUUUUUGAUACGUUUGUGUCAGACUGAAUAAAAAAAAGACUCGCUUUGAAAAACGUUUUUCUAUCAUUAACGCCUUGUUCCCUGUGAUUCAGCCAAGGAUUGGGAGAAUUUGAUUUGAGGGAUGGAAUUAUGAUCACAAUCAACAACAAAAAAAGCAAAAAAAAUCCACCCUGCAAAAUUGCGGCUCAGUCUGGAGCACGAUCUCUGAAUGUGUCACAUUCUGCAAUUACAGUAGCUACCUUUGGAAUGAAUUGCAUCCGACCCUUGGGAGGAAAACACUGAGAAAAGAUGUGAGUGAGUGGUGGGAGCCUUCUCCCCAUUCCACUUCUGUUAUUCUACAACCCAUCUCUGGUUGCCCUUCUCAGUUGCCAAAAUUUCUUUUUCUGUUUCUCUUUCUCAGACUCCUUUCUUUUCCCUGUCUUUCUUUCUUUCUCUUCUGUUUCCACCUUCUCACCUAUUUCAUUCACCCCCUUAAAACAAAAGCGAGGGAACUGUAUCACUAGAUAGUACUCUUCUACUCUAUGUACCUUGACGAUUUCCAGUGCCAAAAUAUUAAUAGGCUCUUUGUCCUUGCUGUAAACAUUGGGAUUGCCUCGUCUCACAAAUAACGACCUCUCCUGUAUCCGACCUAAUAAGAGGAAGUAGUGUUGAAGACUUCAACACAAAUGAAUCAGAAGAGUGUUGAACACACAAGACUUGGGGAACUGUAGGAACAAUUUGAUGUAUCUAUGAGAAAAUUGGGUAAGACCAUGUGGCAAACCUGCUGAGAGUAAACGUUAAUCUCUUGCCAUCUGAAUGUCUUUGUUUCUUGAAGUAUGUCAAAUAUCAAAGAUAGAACCAACAAAAAGGUUAAAGUUAAUUAGCCACAAUAAUGGCUCAUAAAAUGUAGCAUGAUCAGUAAAGUUUAUUCAGUUGGAUUUGGAGUGCAUUGGACUUGUUGAAUUGACAUAUUGCCUGGGGAGGUAUGAUGCAGAUAGAGAAAUCUAAUACAGUGAAUGCAUUGAGAAAUUUACAUCUGGACCAUUGAGAUUGUCUCCAGGAUACAUCUGGUUUUGGAGCAUAGGAGAGAUUUCAACAUCAGAAAUGUGAAAUGAACACAGAAGCAAAAUGUGCAGUUUGACUGUCAACAUGUGGAAUAAGCAAGGUCAAGACAACAACAUUGGUUCAAGACUUCAACCAGUUUUUCAAAAUUCAAUCUGCCUUUGGCCUGCAGAAUAUUGGAUGAGCUGCAUCUGUCUGGUUUAAGAUCCAAUGUUAAUGGUUUCUCCUUUUAUCCCUGGGGAAAUCGCUGAAGAUGUGACUGAUAAUCUCAGAAAACCCGAACAAUUGUCACCUUCCUUAUUACAAUCUUUCUUGACAGUAAUGUUGCUGGAAUUAACUUUUGGUUGAAGCUAUAGUGGCUCUACCUACCCAAUACCAAUAUCAGGACAAUAUGAACACAGUGUCCGAGGAUCUCCUUUGAGUUUAAUCUAAAGACCCUUGUCACUUUUAAUUUGGUUUAAGUAGUGUGAACGUUGGUAUCAGCCAAGUGGUAGCUACAAAUAAUAUAGAAAACCACUUUAAUACACUUUGUCAGCUUUUCCAUUAUAAAUUGUAUGUUUCAAAUUUGUAAUGUAAACUUGUCGGAUUGUAAUUGUAUUUUUCGCCAGUGGAAACACAACAGUGCCGUCACUGGCAAAAUUGUGUAAUGAAAACAGAGUAAAGAUUACAGUGACACUUUCCAUAAUCAAAGUGUGGACUGGAAUUUAUAGCGGAGUAGUAGGGAAAAAGCAGACAGACAGGCAGAAUGUAUGAUGUUAAAAUGAGAAGUGUGUCAUGUUGGUACUCCCUGGUUCAAUUAGCUCCUGUUGUCCAAGCCGUUUUUACCCGAGGGCUACACAGCUGAGAUUUUCCUAUUUCUCAUCUAAGUGGGAGGGUGAGUGUGUUAGCCAGUGACUAACACUCCAUCCCCACUGUCGAAAUAACUCACCCUCACUAAGAACUGACAGGCAAGAGCGAGGAUGUUAUGGGCCCCACUGCUAACCACCUGGCUCCCAGAGACAGGCAAUCAGAGGACAGCAGCAUUUGGGUCCUAAAAAGUCUGUCAACCGCCACCAAUGUGAGUGGGUGAUCCAGCCAUGUGAUUUUGAUCUUCUUGACAUGUGGUGAGGGCAGUCAAUGAGGUCCAGUGAAAAGGUGGGGGACGGCUGGCUUUCAAAGGCAACCAGCCCCCCAUUAUCCAUGCCUCUGAUUGGCCCCAAUUUGGUGAAAUUGGAGGUACUCCACCCUAAUUCAAUACCAGGGUGCUGGGAAACCAGCUAACUUAUCCGCUACGUGGCACGUGGUUCUGGAGGUGGAGAAUUGAGUUUUUUUUAAAUGUCCAUUAAUGACUACUCAAGAGUCUUAAUUGCUGUUAAUUGGAAGUAGCUCAAAUUGGAGCUUGUGUGGCACCAUGGCAGUGCCCGUACCUCUGACCUAUGAGGCCCGGGUUACGGUCCUAACUGGUCCAGCAGUGUGUAAUAACAUCUCUGAACACAUUGAUUACAGGAAAUAGCAUUUGAAAUUCCCCCAUGGGACCUUUUUACCCAGACGGUAACCACAGAGGUGGGUGAGGAAAGGUGGUGGGUUUCUCUCUUGGACAAACGGGCUCAAUUGUUUCGCCUUCACACCACCUCAUUUGCCAUCUCCACAGAGGACAAAAUUAUUCACUCCCUGCACAGCCUGUCACAGGACAGUGCACUAACUAAGUUCCUCCAGUUCAAUCCUGAAAGUCAAUUACGAAAUAAAGACUGACAGCUUAAUUGGUCUUGGAUAUUACUCCUUAAGGUUCUCUCAGAAUUUAUAGAGGCCAGGAUAUGAAUUCCAAAAUUUCUUUUCUUGAUAAUGCUUUUUUUAAAAAAAAAAUCUUUUUCAACACAGCCUCCAAUUCUAGUCAUGCUGUUAAAUAAAACUACAGUAUGUUUUGAAUCUAAACUCAAGAUACAGCUCACACUUAGUGGAUGUAAUCAGAGAGUCUCAAUGAGUUCCUGUUAAAGGGUCACACUAUCAUGCAUGAACACCAUUCACAAAAUGGCAUCAUCUUGUCUCCAUUCCUACACUCUUCAGGCACUAUAACUGGCGAGAUGAUGGUGAGGAGGAUAAUAGAAAGCGAAAAACAAAUGCAUGUCAUAUUUAUCCUUCAAAGGCAAAUUUGGCUGCUUCCAGCUUUCCAUUCAGGUUAAACUAAUUUGUUAACUGAUCAACCAGAUUACAGUUCAGACAAUGGACUAAAUGGAAUUUGGAGUGGAAGGGAAAAUGAAUUGCAUUCGUCAUUCCUGAUCUAACCACAUUACGGUUUAAUCACAGUAACGCACAGACCCGAUGGUUUGUGUUUGUGAAUAUGUACCAAGCCAGUCUUCUCUCACUUGACUUUAUCUCUUAUCACUGUAUCCCUGUCACUGGGAAUAUACUGCAAAGUCACUCCUGUCAUUGAUUUUGAUCUGAUAUAUAAGCACUGAUUUAUACAGACAAUAACCUACACAGGUGUCAGGCACCUUUAGUUGGCUUCAGUAUGCAGCACAGGGGAAUGUAUAGGGUGAGUGACUCUAGCCCCUAGUUGAUCAGACAGUCACUUAAAAGGGUCAUAGAUAAAAGCUCAGCCUUCACAAAUUGAAGAUGCCGUUUUCAUAAAUCCUUUGCUUCCACUAAGAUCUUUUUUGAAUCUUACCCCAAAAUUUGCCUUGGGAUUUAGAAACUGCUCUUUUCCAGAAUAUUUUCACGCUGCAGUGGAGAGAGAGAGAGAGAGCCUGAUGCAUUUCUGCUCCUGUUAUUCCGUAUUGUCGUUGACAGGGUCGUGGGUGGGGGCACUUGGCAAGAUGGAUUUAUUCAUGUCGGUGUCUCGGAUGUGCUGGGGGUGGAAGCUGGAGCAGUGGUUCAGUCCAGUAUGUGGAUUCCUGAUCCGAUUGCGACCAGCCCCAAGACUGGCAAGUUUCUUUGGCAACUCGUAAAAACUUCAUUUUGCUAUCACCGUGCCACACAACAAUUGACUCCUCUGGAAAAUCAUACUUGAAUUGGAACAUUAGACAGCGUCAAUAUUGUUAUCACACGUUGAAGCGUUGAACAGUAAAACCUAAUGGACCUUACAGGUGCAUCGAGGUAUCCAAUUGUAGUCAGCUAUACCCGAUUGCUGCUGCUAUUCAUGUUUUAUCACGGAUGCUGAUUGAUUUUAAAGGCUAAGUUAAUAACAUAGUGAGGAUACACAGCUUGUUUAAUAUCCCCACUGAUGGGAGGUUACAUUCCUCUGCCCUCCUACAAUUGAGAAAUUAGAAAAUUCUUUGAUUGACUAUCAGGCGGGGCCAGUUACAGUCAUAUCGUCAUAGAGCACAGAAACAGGCCCUUCAGUCCAACUAGUCCAUGCUGUCCAAGUUUCUCACAUGUCUUACUAGUCGCACCUGCCUGCCUUUAGCCCAUAUCCCUCCAAACCUUUCCUAUUGGCCUGUACAAAUGUCUUUUCAAUGUUGUAACUGUAUCUGCAUCCAUCACUUCCUCUGGCAGCUCAUUCCGCACCCUCUAUGUGAAAAAGUUGACCCUUGGGUCUCUUUUAAUUUUUUUUCCUCUCAGCUUAAAAAUGUGGACCCUUGUUUUGAGCUCCCCCAUCCUAGGGAGAAAACCUUUGCUAGUCACCUUUUCUCUGUCCCUCAAGAUUUUAUAAAUCUCUAUAAGGUCACCCUCAACCUCCAACACUCCAGUGAAAAAAGUCCCAGACUAUCCACCCUAUUUUUAUAACUCAAACCUCCCCAUUUCUGGCAACAUCAUGGUAAAUCUCUCCUGCAACCUCUCCAGUUUAAUAAUAUCCUUCCUCGAUAUUCUUUAAUAAUAUCCUUCCUAGAACUGCACACAGUUGUCCAAAAGUGACCGCACCAACAUCCUGUACACCCUCGAUAUGAUGUCCAAACUCCUAUAGUCGAUGGUCUGAUCAAUGAUGGCAAGCCUUCACACAGGUAUCGCUGAGGUGUCAGUCAUCCAGGUUUUACCAAUCAUCAAUACAUUUGAUUGGGUUUGAAAAUGGCACAGGGUAGAAAUUUACAGGGUUUAGGGGAUCAGGAGAGCAGAUGGGUCACCUCGGAAAGAUAAGUCUUAGUGAUUUAGGGCCAGAAGGGAUUUUUGACCUGAGUAAGAGGGGGCUCAGGCUGCCAUGUUCUGUCAGGCAAGUGGCUCAGAAGGAAGGAUGACAUGGCAUCUUGGUGCCACCUGAGACAAGAAGGCUGUCCCCCAAGUGAAGUGACCCCUUCUCCCCACUCUGUACCAUUCCAUUGACCAUGCCCAGCUGUAUGUUGGUGUGGGAGGUAUAAUUUUGGAGAUGACAGAGCUUUUAACAAGUGCAACUCACCCUUCUUUAUUUAUUGAGCUACAGCGAGUGUGCUGGCAUUCGAGCUUCUGCCUACCUCAUUUAUUUAGUGGGGGAUCAAACUCAAAUGGAACAUUGGUUGCAAUAACAGAUUGUUUUUACCCUGAGGUGAUAUUGAGUUAGGGGAAGCACAAAGGCUCAGUGGUCAGUACUGCCACCUCACAGUGCCAGGGACCCAGGUUUGAUUCCAGCCUUGUCUGACUGUCUGGAUGGAGUUUGCAUGUUCUCCCCAUGUCUACAUAGGUUUCCUCUAGGUGCUCCUGCUUCCUCCCAUAGUCCAAGGAAAUGCAGAUUAGACGGAAUGACCAUGCUAUAAAUUGCUCCAUGGUGUGCAGGUUAGGUGGAUGCAGGGAUAUGGGAAGAGGGUGGGUCUGGGUGGGAUGCUCUUCAGAGAGUCAGUGCAGAAUGAUGGGCCAAAAGGCUGUUUCCACACUGUAUGGGUUCUAUGAUUCUAUGAUUAAGUGUUUUCAGCUGUCAUAGCAACUGCAUUAAGCUUCGAGAUGAGUGUCAGGAGAGAGAUACUGGCCAAAGUUUCCCCAGCAUCAUGGGUUCCAUUGAUCUCCUAUUCGUAGCAAAACCUGGAGGUGGGGCAGGGAUGCUGGCAGGGGAACAGACCGUCACAUCCACGGACCAUUUCCACCACAACAGGCAACAGGCAGCUUCCCAACAGUGAUAGCUAGCAACCCAGCAGCAUUCACAGAGCAGUUGACAGAGGUGAUCAAAUUGGGCUGCCUUUAGUCAGACCAUUCCAACCUUCCCAGAGACAUCCAGAUCGCACAUUGGGUGAGUGGUGAGAUGUUAGCAAUGGGAAGCCUGUAGUUAAGGAAAGCAAGGGCUGCCAGUGUACCCAGGUUGCCUCAGAGAGUGCUGGGGUUUGAGAAAAUCUUUGCAGCCUCUUCCUCAUCUACAUCCUACCUGCUGUGGCCCUCCCUCUCAAAUUCAAGUCUCUGUAGCUGCCUACACUUCCAGUUCAGGCACAGCAGAGGCAGCCAACCUCCCUCCCACGCUGGGGCUAUGUUUACCAUCAAUAAUAUUUGCAGCCCGCUGACGACUCCUAACUGGAUGGUGCAAGACUGUGUUGAUGGCCCACAAGUUGUCCAUGACUCCAGCCAGCCAACACACCAUUGAAACUCUCACAGUUCUGGGAGCCAGAAAAAGUCACUACCGUGGGGUCCUGACCCUUACCAACAGAACUCAGUCUGUGGUAACCUGUGAUUGUCCUGGCUAAAUAAUGAGGCAACUGUGCUUGAAAUGUUGCCAUGGUUUCCCAAGUCAAAAUCAUCUUGAGGAGACUUAGACAAGUUUUGUUUGUGGUUUCAAAACAAAAUCUCAAAGCGUAAAGGGUAAUAGGUUUGGAAUAAAGGCAUAGUGUUGGCAAUUUCUUGUUUGGAAACUUUAGAGCAAGUUCUCAUUGAGAGAGGGAAAGGUUCCUUUGUCCCCUCAAGCCAUCCAUUACUUCAGUCAUUAACUAAUGGAGUGUGAAUGUACUCAACUAACCGAUAAGCAGAAUCUUUGAAUGACCUCUGACUGCUUUUAUCCAGAGUUUCUUUCUCCAGACGUCUGAUAUUUUUUGCUGAUUUAAUGUCACUGUUUCAUAGAAAUUAAAUAAAACAGACGGAAGAAUGAACAGGAAGUUUAAAAACAAAAUUUUCCUAUCCAGUUGCAGCUAUAUAACCUGCAUUCGUGUUCUGUCUUAAGUAGCACAUAAUUACUAUAUUUCAUAUCGUCAAGAAAUACAGAUAUUUGCAAAUAGAAGGAAAGUGCUGAAGGAACUCAAGUGCAGUCUCUGAAGAAGCAUCAUUUAGGGCUCAAAACAUUAACUCUGUUUUUCUCUCACUUCUGAUGCAGCCAGACCUGCUGAUUUUCCCUGGCACUUUCCACUUUUGUUUCAGAUGUCCAGCGCCUGCAGUAUUUUAUUUUUAAUUGAGCUCAGUUCAGCCCCAUUUUCUGAAAUCUGGGCAUCAUCAACACAGUUGACUCCAGUGUCUGUCCCAGUUGUUGUUGCUGUCGGCCAAAUGCAGUUGGUGAGAUGUGUGUGCUGGCUGGUGUGAUGAAUUGAGAUUGGGGUGUGCCUGCACAGUGCAUUGCUGUUUUAUUCAGGAUUCUGGGAACUGGAUCUUGGCUGCAUGCUUAGCAACUCUCUGACACCGUAUGCAUUUAUUAACGUGAAAGAUUGCCAAUUAUUCUGAACUUCUUAUUUCUUUAGUUUUCUAAUUUAUUAUUAUGAUUUUGUCCCUUUGAAUGUAUGUAAUGCUGGAUUUUUUUUAUUUUUUCUUUUUUCCUAAGAAUUUAUACCGAGGUACCUUACUUACGAUGGUGCCAUAAGUGGUGAGUUGUAAAAUUUUCUCUGUAUUCAUGUAAGUACAACAAAGCUAAUUCAAUUCAAUUCAGUUCAAUUCAAUUAAAAAACAAACCCAUUGGGUUUGGGAAAUCUCACCAGAACCUGAGUUUGGUAAAACAACUGAAGAAGGCUCUGUUCUCUGUUUUGAAGAAGUCUCAUUGGUCCUGAGAGUUGGAAAGUGAUGGAGAGCAAAUUAUUCCGAACCCACUGCUCUUACACUGUGAAAUUUCUUUUAAAGUUGCAGAAAAACUUGGCCAAGUGACUUGUGCUGUUGAAUACUUAGCCUUGCAAUGAAAUUGAGCAUUCAGCAGCACAGGCCACUUGUGACUGGAACUGAGGUGCUCCGACAAACUAACUCGUGUUUUUCUCAUCCUGGUGUUUUGUUGAGAAGGUAGGCUGGAUGAAGGGCCAAAGCUGGGUCAACCCUUCCUGAGGCUGAGAUGGGAUUGAGAUUGAGGCAGGGCUGAAAUCCAAAUUCAACUCAAUUUAUUUUUAAUGUGAUGGCCACAAAGUGAUGUGAACACAGUGGUCGAAGUUUUACAAUGAGAAUUAUUCAACCUUAAUUGACUGCAAACGCUUAACAAUAGUUGGAAGCUGUGCAGCGUGGGAUGGGAAGGCUUUCACAUCAAACCGGAUGCAUUUGUUUUCUACUGUUCCACCUUCAUUCAAUUCCCAGAAGGAAAUCUCCUCCUAUUUUUCCAUGUGGCUGAAUGACAGGCAGUGCCUGGAAAUCUCAAUAUCUGUCUACAUUCUCAUUUUGCCACAGUGGACGGUACUUUUAUACCUCUCAUUUUUUCUCCCCUUAGGAUUCAUUUUGCUUAAAAAAAUCCAUCAAAGUCAUGGGGAGACUUGAGAACUGUGGGCAAUGUCCUAUUGAGUGUUAAUGGCUACACUUGCUGUUGUGCUUUGUAUAACAUCACUGUCACAGCUACCUCAGUAGCACUAGACAAAAAUAAUUAAUCUCUCGAAGUAGAAUUCUGUCUGACUAGAAUUUUGCCUGGAGGAUGGGAAAAUGGUCCUCCUGUGAUAGCCUAAAAUGAAAGCUAAAUGAUAAACACACCUAACAACCGAGCUAAAGGCACUCAGUGCUGUUUCUGUGGGAUUUAUCACUCUGUCCACAAAGUGAAAGGGUGUAAUCCACCUUGUGGAUCCAUAAAGAAAAAUCAGCACACUCCAAAUCUUGCCCUCUGACCAAUUCUGUAAAUAGUUUUUAAAACUGUACAAAUUUUAAUGGCAUUAAUGUGUACCUUGGCAUUUGUGCCCCUGAAAAUGAUGUUCAUGUUACAAAGGUUCUUUGCACAGCAAACGAGGACUGAAUAGAAAUUGGAGCUUCAGCACCUGAUUAUUUGUCCAGUUGUAUCUUGUGCGUUAAUAACUCCACCUUUUGAAGAAGCAUGUAAAUAUUUUUAACAGGAAUUAUAUCAUUCAUGGAUUUCAGUUGUCUUGUAUAUAUACCUUGCAGAGUUGUAGCAAUUUAGACCUACCAAUACCUUUCUUUCUAAUUUGUAAACUGUUUUAUUCCAAGUUGCUGGCCAUGAGAAUUGUUUUAAAAAGAAGGUUUUGUCUGUUUUUUAAAAUUAUAUUUCUGUGCUGUGCCCAUUUAUGAAAUAAAAACAAAUUGAAACAUC